AUGUCGUACCAGAAUAUUGAACUAAUACGACAAGUGCAAAAGAUGCCACAGCAUCUCCAGGAACAAAGGUCAUGGCAGCAAUCUCAGCAGGUGCAGUUGACUCCACAACAACAAGAAGAACCACAGCAACAGUCUUUGCGGCAGCGACAUCCGUUUGAGUAUCAACAACAGCAGGAUGAGACAAGACAGGAACAACGUCAAACGAAUGAUUGGAGGAGGGCUAUACAGCAGUUGAGAAAGGACAUGAACAGAGAAUCGCAAUCGCAUAAGGAGGUUAGAAGCAGAGACAAGUAAAUUGAAAUUGGACCUUUGUGAGAGAGAGUGGGAGUUAGAGAGAUUCAAAGACCGAAGUUGGGAUCGAUCAAGAGACGAGAGGCGGCGCUACUAACAUUUUUACUUUUCUUUCUUUUUUUGUUCUUAUUUUUUUUCAUUAAUUUUUGUAAGUUUUUUUUAAAUUUUUUAAUUGAAAUUUAUGUCGUUCAGUGUUUCUGUUGGUGCUGAUAAGUUUACUGUACAUGGGUA